AUGCUUCCUCUUGGCCUUCUAACGGCCGCGCAAGGCCACCCUAUGCUUGUCGAGCUCAAAAAUGGCGAAACCUUGAACGGACACCUCGCCAAUUGCGACAACUGGAUGAACUUAAUACUCAGAGAGGUGGUCCAAACAAGCCCAGAAGGCGACCGCUUCUUCAAGCUCCCCGAAGUCUACGUCCGCGGAAACAACAUCAAAUACCUACGGAUUCCCGAAGAAAUCAUUGAGAUGGUCAAGGAACAGCAGCUAAACCAGCCUCAACAUCGCAACCGUGGGCCUCGCGAGGGUGGACGGGGCGAUCGUGGCGGCCGUGGUGGUCGCGGCCGUGGGCGCGGGCGCGGUCGGGGUGGAAACUAG